AAACACCCCCGGCGCUUGAAAAUAGGAGAAGCACGCAUCCCGGGGUAAGGCGCAGCCUAUGCGCAAAAUGCGUAAGAAGCGCUAUGAUGCGCACGCCUUGGACGCCUGAGACGGAAAAGGCUAAUAGCCUUUUUUGGGUUUAAAACUUUAUAAAACAAUUAGCACAUAUCUUUAAUAGCACUCAGCUCACGAAAAAGAUCCUAAUUCAGUUACCUUCAUUUACUGUGGAAAAGUAACUAAUGGAGGGAUUUACCGGGCAAAGCUUCAUCAAAUAGGAGGGGAUAGAAAUGUGAAGGCUUGUUUGAAAUGUCCAGAAGAUGUGAAAAAGAUGCUUAGGGAAUAUAUGCAAUCAAAAAAGGAUGCCAAGAUCAAUUAUGAUAAACUGCCAGAACAUCCUGAUUUCGAUGCAUUCCAUGAUCUGGAAGAUGAUGACAGUGAACCUGAGGAGCUGCAGAAAGAUCCUAGAGGCAAGCUAAAAAGACCUUGUCACGUGCAGCUGCAGCAGACCAAAGCAUCUUCAAAGAAAGGAAAAGUAAAAGGUCCUAUGGACUCUUUUAUCUUCAAGAAGCCAGAAAGGGAGACUGAAGCAAUUGAAGAUCGAUAAGAAGUUGGAUAAGCAAACUUUUUUUACGAGAAUAUAAUAUAGCAAACUUUUUAAGAGAAGUAGCUAUACAAUAUAUAGCAAACUUUUUUUACGAGAAUGAGAUUCCUUUCAAUGUUGCCCGGUCCCAUUCUUUUGAAUGUGCUAUUGAGGCAAUAGGACAAUAUGGUCCUAAUUUGAAGCCCCCUAGCUACCAUGAAGUGCGGGUCACAUGUUUGAAGAAAGAAGUUGCUAACCUCCAAAACAUGCGAGCUGACCAUAGAGCUAUAUGGGUCAAAUAUGGCUGCUCAAUAAUGGCAGAUGGAUGGACUAGCACCACAGGUCAGUGCAUUGUUAACUUCUUGGUUCAUUCUUUGGCUGGUUGUGUGUUUAUAAAAUCUGUGGAUGCCUCUUCAUACUCAAAAACCGGUCCAAAGGUACUAGAGCUAUUGGAUGAAUUUGUUGAAUAUGUUGGGGAAGCAAACAUUGUGCAAGUUGUUACCGAUAAUGGUACUAAUUUUAAGUUACGUGGUAAGUUAUUAGAAAUCAAGAGGCCAAAAUUAUAUUGGACGCCGUGCGGUGCGCAUUGCAUUGAUCUAAUGCUAGAGGACAUUGGGAAGCUGCCUUUGGUUUCAAAGACCUUCAAACGGGCUGUGAGUGUGACUAACUUUAUUUAUAAUCGAACGGGAUUAUUGAAUUUAAUGAGGAGGUAUACGGGGCAGAGAAAUCUAAUAAGACCGGGGAAGACAAGAUCCUGCACAUGCUACAUCACUUUAAAGAGCAUCUAUAAGCAAAAAAUGAAUCUUCGGGCUUUGUUCUCUAGGAGUGACUGGAAUUCCAGCAAGUGGGCUAAAGAGAUAUAGGUGGGAAACAAGUUGAAGACAGUAUGCUAAUGCCUACCUUUUGGGAUAAUGCAUAUUACAUACUCAAAUUUAUGGGUCCUCUUGUGAAAGUUCUUCGACUCGUAGACAAUUAGAGGAAGCCGGCAAUGUGAUACAUAUAUGAAGCGAUGGAUAGAGCCAAAGAAGCUAUAAUAAAGGCUUUCAAUGGAAGAGAAGAGAACUACAAAGCUACUUUCGAAAUCAUUGAUACAAGAUGGGAAGAUCAACUCCAUCAUUCACUACAUGCGGCUGGUCAUUAUCUCAAUCCAGCCUGUUUCUAUGAUGAUCCCCAAGUUGAAUUCAAUUAUGAGAUCACAACUGGACUCUAUGCUUGUAUCGCAAAGUUAGUUCCACAACAAAGCGAGCAACUGGAGAUUAUUGAUGAGCUGUCCAAAUAUACAAGAGCUGAAGGCCUUUUUGGAAUCAAUUUGGCAAUUUUGACAAGAAAGACUAAAUCACCAGCUUAAUGGUGGCGCUUGUAUGGAAGCACAACUCCAAGCUUACAAAAGCUGGCAAUGAGAGUUCUUAGCCUGACUUGUAGUUCUUCAGGCUGCGAACGCAAUUGGAGCGUGUUUGAACAAAUUCACACAAAGAGAAGGAACAGGCUAGGAAUGAAGAAGUUAAAUGACUUAGCAUUUGUGAAGUACAAUGCAACUUUAAAAGCUCGCUUUGACUCUAAAGAUAUCACAGAUCCGAUUGCUUUAGAUAACAUCGAUGAUUGCAAUGAGUGGUUGGCUGGAAACGUGAAUGGAAGUGCAACAGAUGACUUCACAAAUAAGAUAUACGAAGUACUAGAAAGCACUCCAGAAAUGCGAGUUCCAGUACUACUCGUAGGCUUGUGGAUGAGGAAAGUGAGGGAGAAGUUGAAGAGGAUGUUGGGGAAUAUAAAUCAGAUAAUGGAGAAGAAACUGACUCCUCUUUUAAUGACGAAUAGUCCUUCACAAGUUUAAUGAGGGGAAAUAGGCUCGGAUUUCAGUGUCUUUUAGUUUUAGUUUUAGUAUUAAAGCCAUGAAUUCUAAAUUUUGACUUUUAUUUUUGUGAAUCAUGACUUUAUUUUGGUGAAUCCUAGCUUUUUAAUGCAUUUGGUUCAAUAUGAUAUUACAUACAUCAUAUUGGUAAUUAAUACUAUAUGUGAUUUUAUAUAAGUAAUGCGCUUCACCCGAGUCAGGCGAGCGCUUUUUUGCGUCUUGCGCCUCCGGCGCUAGAAGACUCCUAGCGCCUUAGGUGCGCCUUUCGACUUUGACUACCUUGCAAAAACCUAUAAAUGCCAUUAAGACGUUUACAAGUAAAUCUGGAAUGCCAUUACCUUUAUUUAAUUCAAUCUAUAGCUUAAGCAUUUCAGUGUCCCCAUAUAUUAACUUAUUGUUAAUUAUAAAUAAAAGGAAAAAUUGCCAAUUAAGUCCUCGUACUAUGUUUAAUAAGUCAAUUAGGUCAUCCUACUUUAAAAUCAAUCCAUUAAACCCUCAAACUUUAAAAAAAAUGUCAAUUACGUGUUUCAGUCGGUAAACCUCCCGUUUUCCGGUUACCUACGUGGGUAGCCAUAUGGCUUUUAUUUUAAUGUUUUUAAAUUUUUUUAAUAAAUUCUAUCUUAAGCAAUCUUCCUCAACGACUGAUGGUUCCAUGGUCAUCGCCAAACUGCUCUCCUCCCUGCUACUCGAGAUUUCAAGAUCAAGUUGUCAAGUCGCUCUCCAAUUUCAUCUUGGAUCUACAUCUUUCAUAUCUCGUUGGAAGGCCUAGGGUUGUCGCUGUCUUGGACGGUGAAGCUGAUUUUGAUCGGUGACCAUGGCUGAGAUGGGAAGUUCGAGACGAAGACCUCGCAUGGCUGAGAUGUGUUUUAAUACAAAAAAAAAGAGAUCUGAUUGUUUUUGUAAAUGAAUGGAUUAUGGACUUGAUGGCGUCCGUAAAUAGGUGAAGAAUUCUUCACCAACAAAAUUCUGCACUUGAAGGUGUUUGAGGAAAUUCCUCACCCAAGACAGUAACAUAAAAGUGAAAGAAGAAAGAGUGUUUGAGGUCUGAGCUUUUCUGUAAAUAGCUUAUACAUAUCAUUUUAAUUUACAGAUCUGAUUGCCUUCUUCAUUGAAUUUCUCUGUGCAAUCAAAGGGGUUGGGGAGAUGUUGUGACCGGUCCCAAGAUCCGGCCGCAAGAUUUCCACAAGAUUUUUGUUAAAAGAAAAAUUAAAGGAAAAGAGUGACAUGUAGAAUAGCCAUGUAAGCAGGUUGACUGGGAAACCUAUUGCACACCGGCUAAAUCGUUAAAUUGGGCGUUUUAUAUUAAGCGUGAGGGUUUAAUUGGUUGAUUUCAAAGUAGGGGGCCUAAUUGACUUAUUGAACAUAGUACAAGGACUUGUUUGACAGUUUUCCCUAAAUAAAAAAUUUAUCUACAAUCUCAAUAUUUUGAAAUCCACAACAUUCAAGAUGUUAAAUAACUUGUACAAAUCUUAUUCCACUUUUAAGGGAAUUGAGCAGAGUAGAUGAAAAUGAAUGUGAAGUCAAGGGAAUGUUAUACAAAACCUGUUCAUCUUUUUAAAGGAAUUGAGCAGAGUAGAUAAAAUAAAGAGAAAAGGGUCAAAUAGACCCUUUUACAAUUAUCAAUACAUUACUUAAACACAUGUACUAAAAUAAGCAUCAUACAACCAUUUGUACACUAAAAUAACAAUCACAUAAGCCAAUUUACAGGAAGAUGACCGGUUUUAAGGGGUCAUUUGGUGAUUACUUGAAAUUCUUUUCUUUUUCCUUUUUUUCUUUACCUUUUUCUGUUCCUUUUUUCUCUUUCAUUCUCUUCAGAUUUUCUUUCAUUCUUUGUUCUUUACUCCUUUUUUAUUCUUUCUUUUACAUCGAUCUUCCUAGCAUGUUCAUAUGUUAUCUUCACUGGAAGAUGGAGGCCUCUUCAGAUUUCAGAUUAGGUUCAUCGCAGGUGAAACUUAGUCUCUCGAGGAGCAUUCUCAAGUCUCAAUGUUAGCAACUUAGCAUCUAGCCCAAAAACAACCAUUUAUGGGUUUAUAUAUCAUUUGAAUUUGCCGGAAAUCCAUUUUCUUGAACUGCUUAUACGGUGUGCAGUAAAGGUGAGGGGUUGGUCUAACUGUAUGGGAAUAUGCGAACUCAAGGGAGGAGACUCGGUCAGACUGUCAGAGGUCUACAGAUGAUCUCAGACAACAAUGUGGACAGUAGCAGCGGAGUGUUGGUUGUUGGCUCAUCGCCAGAACUUUCUGCCAGUGUUCGUCGCUGUUAUCGCCUGAAACGAAUGACAAGUGCAGUCCGUUCCCCGUCGAGAGAUGAUGUUGCAUUAAAAGUAUUAGAAGUCACACUAUUGUCCAUAAUUUGUAUUAAAAGUCAUCUCCAGGAACUCCUAUCCAUGUGUGAAGCUCAAAGACAAAUUGGGGAGACUCACCUGAAUGAGACAAGCUCCAGAUCCCAUCAAAUUCUUAAACUGAACUUUGUUGAUCUUGCUGGAAGUGAGCGGCAUCUCAGGCAUUAUCUGUUGGUCGAAGGCUCAAGGAAGGCUGUCACAUAUCAACCGUAGUUUGUUCACUUGGAACUGUCAUUCGCAAACUAAGGUUGAUUCCCUUGGUGUGGGAGAUGGACGAACCGUAUAGAAGGAGGAGAGAGAAAAGAAAAAAGUAAAGAAAACAUGGAAAACAAAAAAAACACAAUUACCGGCUAAAAAGGGUCUUCUUCCGAUGGAGAAGAGCUGCCAAAACAGAAUGAAGUUGGUCAAGAUCCGGAAGUUGGUAUGGAGUUUGAAAGUAGAGAAGCAGUCUAUGAUUUUUACAAAGCAUACGGGAAGCGUUUGGGAUUUCCUAUAAGAACUAGGAGCAC